CUUCUCGGGCUUUAUAAAAACGGCCUAUUUUAAGUCUUUGUAAUUAUUUGGGCUGAAAUUAGCUUGGCCCAUUAACUUCUUCAUUUUGAGCAACGUGCGACACGUGUUUCACGUUCCUUAACCUCUUGUCUGAAAAUUCAAGAACAGAUACAAAUCUGCCUUUGAUCGAUCAGUGAGAAAUGGCUCUCGAAUGGGUUGUGUUAGGCUACGCAGCGGCGGCUGAAGCGAUCAUGGUCAUCCUUCUGACGAUGCCGGGGCUCGACGGUCUCCGCAAGGGAUUGGUCGGCGUCACGCGUAAUCUCCUGAAACCGUUUCUAUCGAUAGUCCCUUUGUGCCUCUUCCUGUUGAUGGACAUCUACUGGAAGUACGAGACGAUGCCUUCGUGCGACGGAGACUCCUGCACGCCGUCGGAACACCUCCGUCACCAGAAAUCGAUGAUGAAAUCCCAGCGAAACGCGCUUCUCAUCGCGGCCGCGCUUGUGUUCUACUGGAUACUCUACUCUGUUACUCAUUUGGUGGUUAAGAUCGAGCAGCUUAACCAGCGGAUCGAGAGGCUCAAGAGCAAGGAUUGAUCGUAUCGUCCUUCGAGUAUCUUUUACUGCUUUUUUUUCUGUUUUCUGUUUGUCUUUUACUGAUUGAAAUUGAAUUUUGAUUUGAAUGAAUCAUUUAUCUUAUGUCA